CGUGGAGGGAGGGCGUAGAUUAAGCAGGUCUCCUCCUCUCCUCCUCCGCUUUCGGCUGAAGAGAGCAGCAGCGAGGGAACUCGGGACCGCUUGGCUACUUGGCAGUUGCCUCGGGAACCGCCAGAGGGCGCGCGAAGACGGGCGUUAGGAACCGCGCAGUUAAAGCGCUUGAUGGUGCUGUCGCGGGAGCCUGGAACAGCCUUGGGAGAGAGACGGGAGGGGCGAGAAGCAAUGGCUCAUGGCAACCCAGUGACCAGCACAGUUUACAAACAGAAGCCCAACAAAAGAACCCCUACAUAACCUACAGCCUAAAUUCUACAAAUCGGUGAUUGACGACGUGAUUGAUGGUGUCCAAGAUGUCUUUGCAGAGGAAGCGCUGGGAAAGCAAAGUGAUGCAGUCCAAAGCGACAGAGGGCUUCUUUCGCCACCGCCACCUUUCGCCUCAGUUCACGUUGCAUCUGCCUCACAACUUCCACCAAACGCUGCAGACAUCGGCAGGUGUUGCUGCUGGCAGAGGAAUUCGACAAUUUACAGCAGCAGCAGCAGCAGAACCGGCUGAAGUGGGCCCUUCCCGGACUGGUGGUACGAUCCUUUCUCUGCCUUCAGGCCUUGCUUAUCCUAUCCAAAUACCUGCUGGUGUGACCCUGCAGACAGCAUCUGGGCACCUGUACAAAGUUAAUAUGCCUGUGGUGGUCACCCAGGCCCCAGGGGGUGGAACUAUCCUCCAGAAUCCCAUCCAGCAAAUAUUCCAGCAGCUUGGGCAGCAGCCAUCGGCCCCUCAGACUGCCAGUGCCGUGCAGGUCAACGCUUCGACUCUUCGAGCACCCACCAGUGAAAGUCUGCAAGUCCAGGCGGCCGUUGCAGCCCAGCAAGUGAGGACAGAAGAGAAGACCUUGCCCGAUGCUGCUGCUGUGCUUCAGGAGGCAACUUGGCGUCAGGAGGAAGCUGUCCUGGGAGCUGCAGGAAGUCAACAGCCGCCAUCUUGUUCACUGGGCAAUCCCCAGCAUGCUGACAUUCCUCUGCUGAAGCCAUCUGGAGUGGGAUGUCCUGCAGAAGCGACAGCACAUGACCUUUCUGGUGGGGGAGAGUUGCCUGUGAAUUUAGAACAACAACUUGACCCCGAAGAUUUAAUUGAGCUGAUAAUUAUGGGCAAUGAGCUUAAUGACAAUGCUCUCCUGCCCGAUGAAGCCAACCUCUCUUUUGAUGAAGAGCUUGAUGCCGGUGUGCAGAUGGAGCCCGAUCUCCAGACACAGAAGGCUAUUGCCAACGACCUUGAAAAGAUCAUUCAGCUAGAUGGAACAGGUGACAUCUUUCCCAAGGCAGAUGCCCAAGGAAGCCCAAGAGAUGGGGAAGAUGAUGAACUGGUCGGCAUUAUUGAUGCCAAGGAUCUAAAAGUCCUGGAUGAGGAAGAGGAGGAAGAAGGUGAAAACAGUACUUCAGACAAUCAAUCCCUUAGCGGCACGAGUGAUACUGACGAACCUUCGGUUGACAUCAUUGAAGAGGACCCUUUAAAUUCUGGCGACGACGUCAGCGAGCAGGAGACACCGGAUGUGUUUGACACGGAUAAUAUAAUUGUGUGCCAGUAUGACAAGGCAGAGAUCUUCCUGCUGUCUCCAGCUUCCAGGUUGUGGCUUUCCCAUUUUCCCCAGCAGCUCUCAGCCAGCUGCUUCCUCGGGGAACUCUUGGGGCAGAACAAGCAAACAGAACAAAGCUUUCUCUUCUUCUGCUUGUGGCUGUCCAACGAAGUAAGAACAGAUGGAAGUUCUACCUGAAAGACGGGGUGAUGUGUUUCGGAGGAAAGGACUACAUCUUCUCAAAAGCAAUUGGAGAUGCAGAAUGGUGAAGCUUACACAGCAUUCAGCUGUGGAGUGACCUUAUUUUUCUGAUGCAGUAUGCAUUGCAUUGUAGUAAUCAGUAAGACCAUACUGAAGUGCUUGUGUUUGAAACUUGAAACCUGACAGACUGUGAAAUGAAAUGUCAUAUGAACAAGGUAUGAAUCCCUAAAAACAAAAGUAAAUAAAUGCUGUGUUAACAAAG